AUGGGGAUGUUUCGCGCUAGCUGCUGCCCGCGCCGAUGGCAGUGGUCGGAGACACCCCGCACAAGCCCUCAACACGUCUCAGCCAAGAGAAGUGAGGGUGACAAUUGUGUAAUCGGGGCUUCCUGCGCCUCUACAGAAUCUUUUGAGCAGGAGAGCGUUGAGUCGGACGAUACUCCUGCACCGAAACUGCUGCCACGUGAAUUGACUUUAGAAGAGCGGCAGGUAGCUUGGUUUGCUGCCAAUUUUGAUGAUGCGUCAGGAGGUCAGGCCGUGCCGAUCGCCCUGUGGAUUCUUGGCCCAUCCUCAGUUGGCAAAUCGACGAUCUCGGUCGACACAGCACCCAGAUUCGACAUCCCAUGUAGAACAGCAGAUAAUCCAGGUGGUGACCAGAGGCGGCGACUGGAUGCUGUCAUAAUUGAUGGCGAGUUCAUGAGGGAUGCUCAUGGAGUUUGGAAGGAAUGGAUUGAAACUGACGAUUGGAGAUCUGCAUACCCAGCCUUGAAGGCAAUCAUCAACCAUGAGAAGGAGGAGCUGUGUCAUGAGGCCGUGCGUCAACGAAAACACUUGGUCAUCCCCCAGACAGCGCUUAAGUUGCCUAAGGCACUUGCAGAAAUGGAGAUGUUGAUCAAAAGUGGGUACACUAAUCAUGUCCUCGCAGUUGUUGCUCCACUUGCCGAAUGCCAGCAGAGGGGGUGGAAGCGGGAGCUUACAACUGGCAAACGCUACCAAGCAGAUGAGUUUCAGCAAUCCAUCUCAGCGAUCCCACCAUUGAUCGCCAGCAGCAACGGCCGGUACGCGGUCGUUCGUGCUCGCGAGCGCAGUGGCACGACGCACGGGAUGGACUUUGAUGUGCUACAAGAAGGGUUCGGUGGUGGUGCCGUGAGUGGGUUGAGCACGCCUGCUCCCCCAGUAGCCAUGAUCGAGGCAGCAAUCAGCCGGGCAGUCGGAACAGGCUGA